AUGGAUCUGUGCUUGUUGCAGAUCCCUGGGAAGCUGCUGUUCGUCCUGGUGAAGCGCUACCUGUGUGUCACUUCUCUCAUGGACAAGCUCAGCAGUGGUGUGGAGCAGGGAGGGGAGCAGCAGGACCGCGCUGUGCCCAGCCUGCUCACUGAGGAGAGGAGCCGUGUGAAGCAGGAGUUUGAGUUCAGCAUGGCUAUGGCAAACCUCAUCUUGGAGCUGGUGCACGUGAUGGGCUGGGACCACAGCCACCAGCCAGAGCUGCUGCCCCAACAGGAGCUGCGGCCUCGUGCCACCCAGUCCAUCUUCCAGCACAGGGCCACAUCCUGCACCACUGCUCAAGCAGCUCCCUCUCCUCCACCAAAAGAGCCCAGUGUCUUCAAGACCCGCUCAGCCUUCCCAAGCCGCAGCAGCUAUGUGGAAUACGUGCAGGCAAACCUGGUGUGUGGCAUGAGGGUGCGCAUGCUGGAGGACUAUGAGCAGGUCAGCGCAGGUGAUGAGGGUGAAUUCCGCCAGAGCAAUGAUGGCACGCCGCCUGUGCAGGUGUACUGGCAAGCCCUGGGCUCUACGUACUGGGUUCACUGGCACAUGGUGGAGAUCAUUGGCUCUUUGGGGCAAGAGGAGCAUGAGGGCUGGGAGAAGGUGUCCACCCUGAAACACAACCACAAACUGGCAGCAGUUGCGCAGCCGUUUUUCUGCAAGCCCUUUGGGGGGCUGUACUCUCUGCCUUACCUGGGGGAGCAGCCAACCAAGGCUGCAGAGGUCCUGAGCCGUGCUGAGUGGUGGGAGCUGCUCUUCUUUGUGAAGAAGCUGGAAGUGCAGGAGCAGGAAGAGAUCAUCUGUCUCAUCCAGCAGGACCAGGGAGAGCAGCUGUCAGAGGUGGAUGAAGAAGCCCUGAUCCAGCUGUUGGUACCUGUGGAGCUGGCCCAGAAGGUGCUGCAGGUCUUGGAGAAGCGGUGCCAGGGCAGCGCUCGGCGUGACCUGCACGGCUCCCACAUCUACGCCAAAUACUUCCUCAUGCCUGAUCUGGGCCCACGUGUCCUUGUUGUGGCAGGCAGAGAGGCCCCCCUGGACCUGAGGGACGUGCGGACGCUACUAGGUGGCCUGGGGGACGGCAUCUUGUCCAAGGAUGUGGUGGUGGCCCUGGGGCGGCAGCGCUGUGGUGAAGGCCCCAUCCCCUCUGGCGAGGUGGCCCAGCUGCUGCAGGACCACAGGUGCUUCAGGCUGCUGCUGCGCAGCUUUGAGCUGCUGGGGGCGGAGAAGGCCAUGAGCCUGAGCAUCCUCAGGAUCCUGAACAAGUUCCUAGACGGUUACCAGGAGGAUGUGCUGCCCUGGCACGAGUGUGUGGAGCCCUGCUUGUCCUCCCUGAGUGCCCACAGCAGCGACCGGGAGGUGAGGGGGCCCCGGGACUCCUGGCANCGCCUGGCCACCGCCAGCAAGGACUGCGCGGUGGUGAUGUGCCGUGUGGGCACCCACGAGGCUCUGUCCAAAGCCCUGGAGAAGCACAGCAAGGCCCCGUCGCUGGCGCCAGCCCUGCUCGACCUGGUGAUUGACUGUGAGAAGUACGCCAGCCUCUACAAGAAGCUGACGACCAGCAUCUUGGCUGGCUGCAUCCAGCUGGUGCUGGGGCUGAUUGAGGAGCACCGCCGGAGCCACCAGCCCAUCAGCAUCCCCUUCUUUGACGUCUUUCUGCGCAACCUGUGCCGAGGCUCCAGCGUGGAGGUGAAGGAGGACAAGUGUUGGGAGAAGGUGCAGGUCUCCUCCAACGCCCACCGGGCCAGCAAGCUCACGGACGGGAACCCCAAGACAUACUGGGAGUCGAAUGGCAGCACCGGCUCCCACUUCAUCACAGUCCACAUGCAGUGUGGUGUGGUGGUCAGGCAGAUGAGCAUGCUGGUGGCCAGCGAGGACUCCAGCUACAUGCCGGCCCGUGUUGUGGUGCUGGGGGGAGACAGCCCUGCCACCAUCAGAACAGAGCUCAACGCGGUGACCGUCCUGCCCUCAGACAGCAGAGUGAUCCUGCUGGAGAACAUGACCCGCUUCUGGCCCGUCAUCCAGAUCCGGGUGAAGCGGUGCCAGCAGGGUGGCAUUGACACACGUGUGCGUGGCAUCGAGGUGCUGGGUCCCAAGCCCACUUUCUGGCCCAUCUUCAAGGAGCAGCUGUGCCGGCGGACGUUCCUCUCCUGCACCGCUCGGGCACAUGCCUGGUGCCAGGAGAUCUGCCAGGACCGGGGGCAGCUGCUGCAACUCUUUGGCAGGUGCCGCACAGCCCCCCAGUUUGGCAGGGGCCACAAGGGCCCUAAGGCCCAGUGUGGGCAGGGCCUGGGGUCAGCAAGUGGCCCUGGCUGCUGGGGGCGAGUGGGGCUGCUGAGCUCUGAUGCCUGGCAAGGGGCAGGGCAGAGCAUCACCAGCCCAGACCCCCACGGCAUCAGCCCCCUGGCCUGGCUGCUGAGCGAGUACCUGGAGAGCAUGGAGCCUCCCCGCCAUGCCACGAGCCGCUGUGCCGUCUUUGGUUCCCGUGUGCGGCGCCUGACCCAGCUCCUGGUGCAUGUAGACCCCGAGGGCCCAGAGCCAGAGGAGGCAAGAGCAGCUGGCGGGAAGGAGGAGAAGAACAAGGAGAUGCCGGCCAGGACGGCAAAGGCAGUGGUGGAGAAGUCAAGCAGCCUGUGGGGCAUCUCACAGUGCUGGCGUGGCGUGGUGCAGCAGCAGGUAGAGCUUGAAGGGCCGUCCAUGGGGGCCGGAGGGGGCGCGUGGGACCCCACACCAGCCCCCUCUGCAGCCAGCACUGUUCCUCUGCAGGUCAGUGAACAGUUUGCCCGCUACCUUGAUGGGCAGAUCCAGGAGCUCCACGGGGCUGUGGGCAGCACGGGGCUGCUGCAGCGGAUCCUGGAGCCCUUCAUCGUCUUCAGUGGCCUGGAGUUCGCCCACACCUUUGAGCACUUCUACCGGCACUACCUGGGGGACCGGCUCCUGACGCAAGGACCGUCUUGGCUGGAAGGGGCCAUCGUGGAGCAGAUUGGGCUGUGCUUCCCCAGCCGCUUCCCCCAGGAGAUGCUGAGCAACUUGGCUGAGUCGGAGGAGCUCCAGAAGCAGUUUUACCUCUUCCAGCUGCAGGAGCAGGACAAGCGGCUGCUGGAGCUGGACAUGGGCCUGCAUGAGGCACUGGGGCCGGCCUCAGUGACGGAUGGGCCGGAGGUGAAGGUGCUGGCUCUGUCCCCGCGCUGCUGGCCCGUUUCCCCAUCCUGCUACAUGGAUGAACCUAGGAGGUUUUUCCCGGCAACGCUGAGCUCCCCCCUGGAUGAGUUUGCUGACUUCUGCCGGCAGAGCCAGAGCCAGCUGGGCUGGGAGUGCACGAAGCCCCGGCGGUUGCAGUGGACGUGGCUGGGCCACGCUGAACUGCAGUUUGGAGACUGCGUCCUCCAUGUGUCCACGCUGCAGAUGUACAUCCUGCUGUGCUUCAACAGCGCCGAGGAGGUGGCUGUGGAGGCGCUGCUGCAGGCUACAGGGCUCCCUGCUGACCUGGUGCACCAUGCACUGACACCACUGACCCAUGGCGAGGGCGUCCUGGUGUGGAGCUGCACGCCGGGAGUCCGGCGCCGGGGGGAGAAGCCACAUGUCUUGGAAUACGUCUCUGCUGAGCCCACAACACCCCCUACCUCCCAGGUUCAGCCCCAGGUUGCCUUCCAGACUGUAGAGAUCAAGACGGCAGCAAGCCCAGCCUCUGCUGAAAGGAGACAGACUUUUUCUACUUUCAGGUAGAAAAGGACUUGGCUGGGCUGGGAGAACACAGGCUCGGUCCAGUCUGUCUGUUCCUGAGUAGUUGUGAAAUUUAUUUUAAAUAAACUA